AUGAGCAGUGAGACCGCCUCCCUCCUUCAUAGCCAUGAAAAGCUCCCUACCCAUUAUGCUCCGCCUGCCAGAGCCAAUCAGAAUUUUCCCCUAAAUAGUGGUCCAGAGAGCUGGCACCCAUAUUUGGAACUGAUUCGUCUCGACAAGCCCACGGGAACGAUACUGAUGUUCUGGCCGUUUGCUUGGGGUUUGACCAUGGCGUCAUACUCAAUGGCGCCAACGAUUGCGCUAUAUUCUUAUGCGUACAAGCUCAUUGAAUGCUUGAUCGGAGCGUUUAUAAUACGUAGUUCAGCUUGCACCGUCAACGACAUAUUCGAUAUGAACAUGGAUGCUGGUGUUGAGCGAACGAAGAACAGGCCGCUUCCAAGUGGCCGCAUCACCGUCCUCGCAGCGACCGUCUUCCUUCUGGUACAAUACGCGCUGGGAAUUCUAUUCUUCUAUCUCACGCUUGAUGGUCUAGCUUUCUACGCUGCCCUGUUUCAGCUUCUCCCAUUAUUCGCGAUAUACCCCCUCCUCAAACGGGUAACCUACUGGCCACAAGCAUGGCUAGGCUUUGCCAUGAACUUCGGAUUCGUAACCGCAUAUGUGUCAACUACGAACACGUUUGAUUCUGCCAUCCUCUGCUCUGCUCUUGCUGCUUGUUGGUGUUGGACCAUGUUAUACGACACCAUCUAUGCAUGUCAAGAUAUCGUCGACGACGUAAAAACUGGAGUGCUUUCCACCGCCAUUCUCUUCGGGACCUGGAUCAGGCCCAUGCUUAUCGGCUAUGCCACGAUCUUUGUCGCUAUGCUUUCCGUUGCAGGAUGCCUGAAUCGGCAGGAUUGGGGUUACUUUGUCUUUUCUAUUUGUGGGACUGCGACACAUCUCAUUUGGCAAUUCAGCACCGUAGAGCUGGAUAAACCAGAGAGCUGCUGGAUAAACUUCAAGCGCAAUGGCCAGCUUGGCUGGAUUGUUUGGGGUGGCCUCCUGAUCGAUUAUUCAAAAAAAUCCGCAACUUUUCUCUUUUCGCGGUAG